UCUCUCUAGCACACACGCUGCUCUCGCAUGCUGCCUCAACCACAAACCCCCAAGCUGUCUUGCUUCAUAUUGUGGUCAUUAGUCUGUAGCCGAACCCUCGUCUCCUGGUAUCCCCACAGACAGAGCUCCUCGGCGGGUAGACACAGAGACCCGCCAUGUUCCUGGUUCUAGUGGUGACGGAGGAGCUUCGGCGGCUCCUGGUCAGGGCAAGGAGCGGCACAGGCCGCCUCAUCCAGGUGCUGAUCCAGGACGAACAGCUGGUGCUGGGGGCACACCGAGAGCCAUCUCAGUCCUGGGAGAAAGAUUAUGACCACUUUCUGCUUCCUCUGCUGCAUCCUCAGGAGCCCUGCUACAUCCUGUACCGCCUUGAUUCCCAGAAUGCACAGGGCUAUGAAUGGCUCUUCAUCUCCUGGUCACCUGACCAUUCUCCCGUCAGACAGAAGAUGCUGUAUGCUGCCACUCGGGCAACAGUGAAGAAAGAAUUUGGAGGGGGGCAUGUCAAAGAUGAGAUCUUUGGCAAUGUGGUGGAUGAUGUGUGCCUUCAGGGCUACCUACGCCACAUGUCACUGAGCUCUGGCCCUGCUCCUCUUACACCUGCCGAACAGGAGCUGCAGCGAAUCAAAAUUACAGAGGAUACCAUAAAGAGAUAUUGUCCUCGUGCUGUGCGCAUACGUGUGCACAUGUGUGUCUGUGUGUGUCUCCCCCUGCAGGUGAAAACAGAGAUCAGCGUGGACAGUAAGCACCAGACAUUACAGGGCCUGGCCUUUCCCUUGCAGCCAGAGGCCAAGCAUGCUCUACAGCAACUCGCAGACAGACACAUUAAUUACAUCCAGUUGAGGCUGGACACAGAAAGGGAAACAAUUGAGCUGGUGCACACUCGGGCAACAGAAACACAUGAACUACCCUGCAGAAUCCCAAUAGAUGUGCCACGUUACCAUUUCUUCCUCUACAAGCACAAACACGAAGGAGACUCCCUGGAGUCUGUGGUGUUCAUCUACUCGAUGCCGGGCUACCGCUGCAGUGUGAAGGAGAGAAUGCUGUAUUCCAGCUGCAAGAGCCGCCUCCUAGAGGAGGUGGAACAGGAUUACCACAUAGAGGUGGUCAAAAAGAUGGAGAUAGAAAGUGGUGAUGAGCUGACUGAGCAGUACCUGUAUGAGGAGGUUCACCCCAAGCAGCAUGCUCACAGGCAGGCAUUCGCCAAACCCCGAGGCCCUGCAGGAAAAAGAGGAAACAAACGGAUCAUUAAAGGAGCAGAAGAGAAUGGCAAGAACAGUUAGGGAGGAGGGAGAGGCUGACAAGGCUAACCAAGCCCAGCUGCCAGAGGCCCUGAGGCUGGGUGUGCUGUCUUGAAGGAGGGUGGCCUGCAUGCGUGCACAUGAGUAUGGAGCAAGCUUGACUCCAUUUGUUUUUAUCCUUCUUGAUUGUGUUUCUUUGGGUUUUUACUUCCUUGGCUUGUGUUUAAUAUUUCAUAAAUUGUGAUUCUUUCUAACAAAUUCUUGUACAGGUCUAUAAAAAUGAAGAAAACCUCAGGAAUUUACUGUCUCUGUAAAUUGUCUGUCCACAUUUUGUUAUGCAUUUGGCUUGAAAACAGAGACAUAACCUGUCAGUUUUACUCAGACAGACAUACACUCACCACACACUUGUAAAUACCCACCUACAUCUUAUGAAUGCAUUUCACACAUAUAUAAUUACGAGCCACGUGUCUAUGCACAAGUUGUCACCAAUCCUGUUUCCCACUCAUCACUGGUCAGUUUCUGACUACAUUUUGAUUGGAUGGCAGAUCAACACAACAGUGGCACUGGCAUGGUAGUGGUGUGACAGUUGCUGUUAUACUAGUGUGAUUUCAGAUACAGCAUUGUUGAGUUGAAAGUAUUUUGCCACCCCUAAGUAUCCAGCUUACUCAGGUCCUUUUGUUGAGAAAUUGACCACUGAUAGGAUGGCUUUUCCAAAUGUGUGCAUAGUAGCAGAUAGAAGAAUAUAAACAGUAAAUUUCUAAAAUAUAAAUAAUUUUAUUCAAGUACAUGGUAAAGUUUAAUUUAAAAUUUAACUUUAAUAUACAAUAAUUUGAAUAUGGAAUAUGGAUUCUACUACUGAAUCAGUUAUUUAUCCAAAUAUCCGGUGAACAUCUGAUGUUUUCAAUGUGAACAAGCCACCAUGUCAAUAGAUUUUCUCAGAGGAGCUCAGUUGAUUAGCAAAUGUACACACCACCAGUAGAAAUACUGAUGUGCAUCUAGAGUCAGUAGUGAGGGUUUGAACAGGACUGCACAUUAGGUUACGACUGCUAUUUUACAUCUGUUUUAGAUUUGUUAAAUGUCUUACUGUUUAGGCCAUGAUGUGCUUUGCUAUCAUUUCAAAAGCCUACCAAUGUACCCUU